ACACCAUGUACUUAAAAAUUUUUAAUUGUAUUAUGGGAUGUGGGCCCAUAAUUAUUGUAAGAGAGGAACCUAUGCUCUAGGAAUCCUUGUACGCGAUUCUGCAGAGUUGGCGCCAAAUGUCAUAACAGAAUAAGCCCAAUUCAAAAUUGAAUCCUUAUGCGCGUUCCUCUUUCUCUCCUUCUCCAUAAAACCAUCACUAACUACUGAAAAUCCCCAUUCUUCACUUGCAAGAAAUCCCUCAUUUCUCCGCCAAAGAUUCCAUUUCAGGUCACAAUGAGUGAAGAAAAAGAACACGAAGAUGCCAUUCAAGAUCUGAUGAGUAAAGCAAUAGAAAUCCUCAUAUUCGAGGACAAAUUGGCCUUUGAUAAGAGUAAUGAAGAUUAUGCACAGAUGGCAUUUGAGGAAUUGAUCGAGUUAACCAAGGAGAGACCAGAUUUGUUCUUGCCGCAUCUUAAAGAUAUGUUUCAAUGUAUUUAUCAAAUCUUGGACAAUUCUGAAUUUGAAGAGAAAACAAGGUUUCUUGCUAAGGAACUUAUGGUGCUACUUCUCUUGCAUUAUAGAGAUGAGAAGCCGGUGCUUUUGCGAACUGGGAAGUUUAUUUCUCAAAUACUUUCUAGGCUUCAGGACAUUGAUGAUGACCCUUCUUGGGAUGGGAACGACAACUUUGAUGAUGAUUCGAGGGUAUUUGUUCAGGGAGUAAAAAGAUUGGCUCAAUAUGCACCUGCCAUUGGUGGCCAAUUUAUUCUGGAGAAAUUCAAGAUAAUGUUUGAUUUCAACUUCUUUUCUCAGAAAUGGCAAAGCCGCCAUGCUGCUGUUAUAUCAUGCUCCAUUAUUGCAAGGAAUUGCCCAAAGGAAUCAAUAAAUGAGCUGGAUCUCUUGGUAGAACAACCUAUGAAAGCCGUUGAUGACACCCACUUUCGAGUGCGUUGGGCAGCUAUAAAUGCAAUUCAGGAGUUCUCCAAGAAUUUGAACCCUGACUUUCAGUUUCAGUAUUAUAAAAAGGUGCUGCCUGCUUUGACAAAAGCUUUGAAUUUUUCCUCUCAUCCCUACGUUCAGGUACAAGCUGCUAGUGCGCUGUUUUACUUUAGUAAGGAUUGCACUUCAGGUCUCUUGACACCUUACAUGGAUGAAAUUGUCAACAAACUGCUUAGGUGCCUGCAGAGAGGGAAGCAACUGCUGAAAGAGGAGGCUUUGACAGCAGUAGGAUCACUUGUUUCAUCAUCAAAGGAUCAUUUUCAAGUGUAUUACAAAACUGUUAUGCCUCAUUUGAAAGUUAUAAUGAUGAAAGCAGCUGCUGAAUCCAACAGCGUGCUUCUUCGUAAGUCUAUAGAGUGCAUUACUAUGGUUGGACUAGCUGUUGGGAAGAAGAUGUUUAGUGAUGAUAUUCAAAUGGUUGUGCAAUCGCUUAUCUCCUUGCAAGAAUCUAAACUAGAGAGAGGAGAUCCAAUGAGAAAUCAAGUGUUACGAGCAUGGGGCAGACUAUGUAAAUGCUUAGGCCAAGACUUUCAACCUUACCUGGGUGUUGUUAUUCCUCAUUUGCUUCAAUCUGCUCAACUUGAGUCACGUGUCACUUCACCUAAAUAUACUGAAAGUAAAAGUUCAUUUCAAAGUGUCAUAUCCCCGAAUCUAGGAGAUGACAGGACUGAGAUCGAAGAACAGGUCAUCGAGGAGAAAGCCGAAGCUUGUAAAGUGUUAUUUUCCUGUGCUACUGAGUUGAUGGAAGGCUUUGAUUUAUGGAUUGAUGAGGUUGCUCAAACUUUAGUCCCACUUAUAAGUUUUGACCUCAAUGAACAAGUCAGAGAGGUUUCUGUUUCAGCCAUGCCAGUAUUAUUGAACAUAUCUAAAGCAUCAAUGGAGAAAGGGCAUGUUGAGGGAUAUCAGGGAUUACCUUUUGAGGAGUUGUGUUUCUACACUAUACCAGCUUUAGUGGAAGCUCUUCAUAAGGAGCCAUCAAUGGAAAUUCAAUUAACCAUUUUAGAUUCACUAGAAGAAUGCAUGGAGAUGUCUGGACCUACUCUAAAAACAGAACAGAUCAAGCGUUUCUUGCAUAUAAUAUUGGAGAUUUUAAUAACCAGUUCCACCCUUUCAAGAAGUAGAGUGGAAUAUGAGCAAAUAGAAAAAAUUCAUAUCACGGCUGGUGAUUGCUUAAUCACUUUCACUGAAGUGUAUAAGGCAUACUUGUCACAAUUCUUUGACCAGCUCUUAUCAUGCAUGGCAUAUAUGUGGGAGAAUGAUAAAAAUGCAAAAGAAAGAAGAACUGCCUUUCGUAUUUUCAGUGAUGUUGCAGAGAAAUGCCAAGAAGAAGCAUUGAAGUACUGCGAGGGUAAUCUUAGAUUCCUAUUUGAUGCCUGCUAUGAGAGGAACCCAGAAGUUCAACAGAUAGUCGCAAAGUGUAUUGGUGUUAGCGCACAAUUUGGUGGUGCAAUAUUCAAAUCUCACAUUAAAGAGGCUCUUGGCGGUCUAAAUUCCAUCAUGCGGGAUCCAGAAACACUGAAUCCAGAUUACUUACCAGCACACGAUGCAGCUGUUUCGGCUCUUGGAAAAAUAUACCUUUUCCAUGACGAGCAACUCAAUGAAGCUGAGGUUUUUGGUAGAUGGUUAAGUCAUUUGCCAUUAGUGAAUGAUCUAGAUCAAGCCAGAGUUGCCCAUGAUCAGCUUUGUUUGAUGGUUGAAAAAUUCAGUGAAGAACUUAUUCAUAACGAUAAUGCUCAUCUAUCCAAAGUCAUUGCAGUCUUUGCAGAGAUAUUAUGGGCUGGUCAAAAUUUGGCCUCAAAGGGAACUGUCAACAGAAUAAUUGAACAGUUAGAGAACUUUCAGAGCGAUUUACCACCCAAUACAUGGGCAUCUACUCUCUCCUCCUUGGCACCCUCUCGAGCAAAAAUUUUGCAGUUGAAGUUGUUAUCUUAGCCUGUUCUUUCUGGUCAGCAUGACAUUGAUCCUCUCCCGAAUCUUCUUUUCUAAAUAGUUAGCCCACCACUAAAUGUCUAUAAAACAAUGUAAUCAAUGCUAUACAGAAAAUUGAGACUCUGCAGGUUACUUGUGUUUCAUUAGGAUCUGUACAUGGUCAGAGGCUAUACUAUACUAUACAUCAUUGUUUAACAGGGAAACAUACGUAUAGAAACAUAAAGAUCUGCCAUUAUGCCUUGUGUGCGA